CAACUGCAUAAACAGACAAGCUCUCUUCAGUACAUAGUUUGAUACAUCAUACAUAGCAAACUAACCCCCAAUAGCAGAGAGAUUUUCUUUUCAGUUUUAUUGAAGGAUGGCAGAGAAGACCGACCAGGCUUAUCCUAUUGCCCCUGCAAAUGGUUACACAGGAAGCGAUAGAGAGUCUUUGGUAUCUGAAGAUGAGCUGAAACGCAAGAAGAGAAUCAAGUUGUUUACCUACAUUGGUAUUUUUAUUGUCUUUCAAAUCAUAGUGAUGACAGUUUUUGGUCUUACUGUGAUGAAAGUCAAGACCCCCAAGGCUAGAUUGGCCGAAAUCAGUGUCCAAACUCUCAACUCUGUCCCUGCAACACCUUCAUUUGAUGCAAAGUUCACAACCCAGAUUAGGAUCAAGAACACGAAUUGGGGUCCAUACAAGUUUGAUGCAGGUAGUGCGACAUUCCUGUACCAAGGUGUGACUAUUGGGCAGGUUGCUAUUCCUAAGAGCAAGGCUGGAAUGCGUUCCACCAAGAAGAUCAAUGUCGAAGUCAAUGUGGAUACUAUUGCUUUGCCAAGCAGUUCUACACUUGGAAGUGAAUUGAACAGUGGGGUGCUGACACUGACCAGCCAGGUUCAAUUGAAAGGAAAAGUCGAAUUGAUGCUCAUAAUGAAGAAGAACAAGAAUGCUGCAAUGGACUGCACCAUAGCAUUUGAUUUAUCCUCAAAGACUGUCAAAACUUUACAAUGCAAGUGAUCAUAUAAUCCAAGUGAGUGCAGGAAGGUGGAGCUAGGCUGCAUCUACAGCUAGCAUUUGGAUUGGGGGAUGACAAAAGACUAUUUCUUGAUUUGUUUGUACAUUCUUUAUUCUUUUGUGAAGCAUGGAUUUGUUGAAGAGUUAUAUGAAUAUAUUGCUGUUUAUUAAUUUUCUUACCA